CAAGUCGUCACAUUUUUCUUGCAGCAGAAGCUGAUAGUGCUAACCGAUAAGCGUGCGAUCAACGCCAAUGUGCACUAUAAAUAUCAGGCCGUGUACGCGGCAACAAACAUCCAACACAAAACCAAACAGGUCUUACGCAACAAAUGGAGAGCACCCAGAGCAACACAAGCGUGAUGAACCAUUUCAUCCUGGUGCACGGCCUCUGCCACGGGGCCUGGUGUUGGUACAAGGUGGUUGCGGCGCUUCAGGCAGCGGGGCACCGUGUCACGGCGGUCGACCUGGCCGCGUCCGGCGCUCACCCGGCGCGCAUCGACGAGGUGCACUCGUUCGAGGAGUACUCCCAGCCUCUGCUUGACGUAGUGGCCGCGGCGCCAGAGGGUGGCGGCGAGAGGCUGAUUCUGGUCGGGCACAGCCACGGCGGGCUCAGCUUGGCGCUAGCCAUGGAGAGGUUCCCCGGCAAGGUCGCCGCCGCCGUGUUCGCAGCCGCCGGGAUGCCGUGCGUUGGCAAGCACAUGGGCGUCACCACCGAGGAGUUCAUGCGAAGGACAUCAUCGGAAGGACUCAUGGACUGCAAGAUGCUGCCAAUCAAUAACAACCACGGUGCAGGGGUUGCAAUGAUAAUGGGCCCAAACUUCUUAGCACGCAAGAACUACCAGCAAAGUUCACCUGAGGAUUUGGCCCUGGCAAAAAUGUUGGUGAGACCGGGAAACCUGUUCAUGGAGGAUCCGGUGAUGAAGGAUGCAAGCCUGCUCACCGAUACCAACUACGGGUCGGUGAAGAAGGUAUAUGUGGUAGCAAAGGCUGAUGGCUCCAGCACCGAGGAGAUGCAGCGUUGGAUGGUGUUGUUGAGCCCCGGCACGGAGGCCGAGGAGAUCGCGGGAGCUGACCACGCCAUCAUGAGCUCGAGGCCUAGGGAGCUCUGUGAUGCUCUGGUCAAGAUCGCCGACAGCUUAAAUACUUGCUAAAUUGUACGAUAUAUAUCCCUGGAAAUCAAUGUAUGUGUGUACUUGAUUUUCAUCUAAAAAUAAAUAUGUUCAGUGAUACUAUUAAAUCAAUGGAAAUUAAGUAGUAUUACCUUCAUCCUAAAUAUUUGUCUAUCUACGGAUGUAUUUAACACUAAAACAUAUCUAAAUGCAUGUGUAUCUAGACAAAUGCAAGACAAGUAAUUCGAGACGGAGAGAACAAUACUUUUUUUCUGCGAGUAAGUUUGGUACAAAUAUGUCAUAUAUGCUUCUGAUCAUGAUGGGAUUACUUAUUGGAAACCAUUCAAAUAAAAGAAAUUAUG